AUGAUUCGAUUUGGAAUGCCACACAACCAAGGGUCUCUGCCAGCAAUACAGGCCAGUAUAGCCUAUGGAUCGUCUAACUUACCAUCUCCAGAGGACGAUUUCGACUUGAGGCUCUCUCCUAGUAUAUCAGGAAGAGACACUCAGACUUUGCUGAAUUACGUUUCCAGUUCUGAGAACGAUGCGAUUAUUAGUUCCAGUAGGACAGACGAUGAGCUGUCUGGGAUUCAUGAUAACGCUGAGAAUGGGUCCAGCGACUAUUACAAUAACAUACUGUCUACGUCGUCCUCGACAUCCUUAGGGACAUAUGAGCAUGUAAUCAUUAGUCGAACGAGGAGUCCCAUUCAGGAGGCAACGUCACUGACGCCUAAUGUAUCGACUCAGAUAGAUAAAUGGUGCCUUGAGAUACAACUAGACAGACAGAGGACACCUUCUCUGGCAUUGGCAGAUGACCAAGUGGAUAUAGAUAGAAAUGACUUGUGGACAAGUCACAUACUUGCCGACCUUGAUGAUAGCCAUCUCAAGAGAAUCAAAGAGUUUGCGGCUUAUUUUUUACCUGUAUUAAAGGAGUCUAGAAGACAACAAAGAGAAUUGCAAAAACAAACGGCAAGGCGCAAUACCGAUACGGCUAACACUAGAAAGUUUCGGAUACCUAGUUUAUUUAAUAAAGAUCUUCUAAGUCUGUCUUUUGAAAAUAUAUCCAUUGAGUCAGACUGCUCAUCUUAUAUCGAAGUGCUAUCCUCCCCAUAUCUAAAUAUUUCAUAUUCAGAUUUGACCUGA